GUCCUUUGGUAUAGUCUUCGAGCGCUUUUGAUUCAGAGUCGGACAAACCAAGCUCCCACGCAACAAAUAUCAAAGCGUUCACAGGCGCAUCAUGAUCACUUCAUGGAUUUUGACAGCCUAUAAGUAUCCUGGUGCGACCGCAAUAUUGAACUUGCCCUCCCGUGCUUCCAUCUCGACGUGACAAGUUUCAAGCAUGAUUGCGCCAUCCAUCUUCGCCCUUGCUGUCCUUGCCAGGACUGCAUCAGCAGCAAUCGCAUCGACCUUCACUACCCCAGCUCCUGCACCGACUUCUGAAUCAUCAUUCUAUGUCGGUGCUGCAAACACCACCAUCACCAACUCGCCCAUCGUUCCCGGACUGGUGUUUGACCGCUUCAUUCAGAUCUGGUUGGAGAACACGGACUUCGCCUCUGCAGCCUCUGACCCAGUCUUCCGGGCCCUCGCUGAGCAGGGUAUUACCUUGUCCGGGUACUACGGUGUAACCCACCCAAGUGAACCAAACUACCUCGCCGCGGUUGGUGGUGACUUCUUCGGUCUGGCUGCUGACGCCUUGGAGUACAUUCCCACCAACAUAUCCACUAUUGCGGACUUGCUCGACCAGAAGAACAUCAGCUGGGCUACUUAUCAGGAAAAUAUGCCCACUGAUGGCUAUGAAGGAUACAACUAUACGAAUUCUGACAAUUAUACCUACUACGUGCGCAAGCACAACCCAUUGGUCAUCUACGAAUCCGUAGCGAACAUCAGUACCAGAUCGGCACGCAUUAGAAACUUCAACGACUUUGCUGUCGAUGUUGGCAACAAUUCGCUUUCUCAGUGGAUUUUUAUCACCCCGAACCUGCGCGAUGACGCUCACGAUACCAGUGUUGGAUAUGCUGCUUCCUGGCUUACCUAUUGGCUCCUGCCCUUGCUCAACGAUACGAACUUCAACACCGAGAGUACGCUCAUCUUACUUACAUUUGACGAAAACGAGACCUAUACGAUUGGUAACAAUGUAUUCAGUCUCCUCUUGGGUGGAAUCAUUCCCCAGGCCCAAAAGAAUACCACUGAUGCAACGUUCUAUACACAUUACUCGACACUUACAACUGUCCAGAACAACUGGGACCUCGGUAACCUUGGUCGUCAGGACACUAACAAGACGGUGUCUAAUGUUUUCGACAUCGUUGCUUCGCACACAUCAUACAAGAACAACAACCUCACAGCUUCUUCUACCCUUCCCCAGCUCAACAUCACCGGGACCAUCCCAGGACCGUUGAACCCUGACUACUACGUCCCCUAUCUAGCACCCACAAACGGUACUGGUGGUGGUAGUGGACCGACCUUCUUUGCUUCUAACGUCAACAUGAGCCUGAACGCGAGCGAUGCUCCCGCACCAAUCAAUAUAACUGCUGCCACAACCACCAGCUCUGCUGCUGGUCUGACAAACAAUGCAGGCAGCAUGAUUACUGCAAUCGCUGUUGUUGCAGUCGCAGCAAUGCUGUUCUAGUUGAUGUAGCUACUAGUAUGUAGUAUUGCAGUAAAGUUUAUCCCACAUUAUUUUUAUUGCGUCGGACAAUGACAUUUGCU